UUUUUAAAUUCAGGAAACGAUGGAGUUCGUGGCGAUGUUAAUUAUAAUGAAUUCGUUGUUCAGCAACCGAAUAAUCGAAAUCAACGUCGGAAUCUGAAUCAAAUUCAGAAUGAGAAUAUGCUUCCAGGCUUUCAAAAUAUAGGGCAAUUGCCAAAUAUGCCACAUAAUAAUGUUAACCAGGUUGGCGAAGCCCGUAAUAAUAAUGAUUUUCUGCGUGGUGGGCAGCAACAGAAUAAUCCAAAUAACGCCAACAGGCCUAUGUAUAAUGGACAGUAUGGGAAUCAGCGUGCUGGAAACUUCCCUAAUCAAAAUGGGUAG